AUGUCUAUUCGUCAUAAAAAUAUCGAAUCGUCUAGCAGACGAUGUCAACCAAGCACUGUUAUAUACAAGCACAAUGAUAAGCUAUUGAAUAAAACUUUCCAGCACUCGACUUUAAGCAAACACGUAAACCUGGCGGAUCAUCAACUUGCCAUAUCGGCGCCACACCUCAAAGCAAAUAUGACUAGGUGUCAGGAAAAACACACCACAAAGCAUGAGGACGCAGUUAGAUCACUACUUAUGUGUGUGGAUUGGAUGGUUACAGAAAACUUGCCACUCUCAAAAUUCAAAUCAUUGAUUGAUCUGUUGUAUGAGUCAAAAUUUUCUGCAAGUAAAUUACUAGUACAUGAAAGCUUGUCAAAAGUUGCGGACACACAUUUAAAUGAAAGCUUAUCAGCAUCUCCAGUGGUUACAGUUAUGUCUGACGAAAGCAUUGACAUUUCCAAUACAAAACCACUGGUUAUUUACGCCCAAAUCAUAUCUGAUGAUAUGAAACCCUCUACACUUUAUGUCAACAAUAUGGAAUGCACAGAUGCGACAGGCAAAGGCAUCGCUGCAUCUUUACUUGAAGAAUUUCAGCAGAGAGGGAUACCAACAUCCAAAAUUGUGAGUAUGGGAUCCGAUGGGGCCUCUGCAAUGACUGGGAAACAGAAUGUGCAGCAGCCAUUACAACACCAAAAUCCCCAUAUUGUUAACGUCCACUGCGUAGCACACCGAUUAUCUCUAUGUACGUCACAGGCGGCUUCGAAAAAUUCCCAUCUCCAGGCUCACCAACAAAUCUUGACAGAAUUGUUUUGCUACUUUAAGGGUAGCAGUAAGCGGCAGGGAAAACUGAAAGACAUUCAAACUAUUUUGGAUGAUCCUUGUCUUAUUAUUAAAGAGAUUCACUCUGUAAGGUGGCUGUCUUAUUUCAAUGCCCUUUCAACAGCCCAGAGAAUCCUAGAUAGCCUCCUUAUCCAUCUUGCUGAAGCUGAUGGCAAUGAGGACCCGAAAGCUGUUGGCUUGAGGAAAAGGGUUUCCAUCUACUGAUCUCCUCUCUGCAUUCAGUAUUCUUGCCCUUAGACCCAUCAGCUUCUUCAACUCUGAUGAAUUGGACGAAUUUUGGGUAAAGGAAAUUGAUACUUUUUGUCAGUUUUAUGACAAAGAGAGGACUGUUCAAUGGUAACCACAAGAACACAAGUGAACCAGUUAUCUCAGGAGAAGAGACCAAAGCAGAGUGGACAUGCUUGAAAAGAGUAAUUUUAGCUGAACGCUUUCCAAGAUAUUGUUUUUGGAAGUUAUAUAAUUUGAUUGUUACGUACCAUAAGGAACAGUUUCCACAUUUAAUUAUAUCAGCACAACUGACCCUCACAUCAUCAGUACACACUGCUGGUUGUGAAAGGGGAUUCUCUAUGCAAAAUCAAAUAUUAACCAAGCUAAGGAACAGGCUUACUGUUGACACCCAGGGGAUCCUGAUGAGUGUGAAGAUGUGUAAUCUGGACAAAAGACCUUUAGUUGAAAGAGCAUUAGGGGUAUGGAAAUCUGAGAAAAAGCGAAACAUUUACUAUCUAUAGGGGGGGGGGGGGCGUGAUAACAGUAAGCUUUUUUCUUAACUUGAUUUGUCUAUACCAUUGAUAAAAUUUGGACUCAUUGAUAUAAGCUUGGGACUCAUUAUUGUAAAUUGUAAGCAAGGGAAGUCCGCUGGACUUACGAUAACCAUUUUCAAAAUGAAUCACUGGUAUGUGACCCACUUCAUAAGAUACUGAAUUAAACUAGAAAAUAGAUUAUUUACGUCUUGGCAUGUGCUAUAAAUAGAAUGGAUGUAUAAACAUGUUCUAAUAAACAAAAACCGUCUCUCAUGUAAUUAAAAUAAUGAAUUUGCAUGGCUGCAUUACACAACUAAAUUAGGAUAUAAAUAAAUUACACAAUAAUAUAUAGUAUGGCAGAUUCAUAUGAUGUUAAGAUACCCC